GGACUCUUAAUUCUUAUGAUAAGGAAUUACGAGAAAAAGUGAAGGAUGUUCCUUACGAAGCUUAUGAUAACUUAAUUGAUCAAGCGGUUACUUAUGUAAACACUGAAAUUAACAAAAAAGCUACACGACAAUCAAAUGCAGAAUUUAUGAAAAUGUAUUUGUAUACAUUUGCUUUGAAUAAAUUCUUGCCUAAUAAUUCGAAUGCGCCUACAAUCGCUCCAAAUCGAACGAUUGGUACAAUUUAUUAUGGAAUUUAUGGAAAAGAUACCUUUCCAAACGGUAAUCAUGGUCCAGAAGAUCAUAAUGCAUUACAUCCAAUGAGUAGUGAUAAGCCUGAUGUCAUUGCUGGUAUAAACGUCCAUUGCGGUUUUUUCUUAGAUUGCCUAAAGGUUAAAUAUAAAAAUCAAAUCGGAACCCCUACCGGAAAUGAACAGGGUGGAAAUGCGUUUACUAUUCGAGGUCUUGAUGAGAAGUAUAAUUAUGUAGUUGGUGUGAAUGUUCAUUUUCGUGAACGUGUUAUUAGUGGCAUUCAAUUCGUUAUGUCAGAUGGUCAAACGACUCAAAUUUUUGGAAAUGGUGAAGCAAAUCAAAAAACAACAGAAAUCAAAUGUGGACCUAUAGGUUAUAAUAACGAUUUCAAAUUAGUAGGAAUUCAAAUGGCUGAAUCAAAAGCUACUGAGCAUUAUAAUCUUUGUGUUGGUCAUAUUUAUUUGAUAUUUGAGCAUGUGCGCAUUGCACAAUAA